AAAAUAAAAAUAGAGGAACAGCUGUAGCAGUGCAAGAGCCGGUCCGACAAAGGUCCUCCUAUCACAAGGACCUAAUGGAACCUAACACCUAACUUAAGCCUGAAGAAACCUUAAGAGAAUGGUCGUGGACAAGAUUACAAAAUUCCUGAGCAGCAAAUGGAAAAACUACAAAUUUCGCUUUGUUCCGUGGGUGGCAAUCAAUCUGCAUCACAAAAUGAAAGACAACGCUCGGAUUGUUCCCUCUGCGGCGGCUGACCCUUUGAUUUCUUCUAGCAAAGUUUUGACGCAACUUUCAAAAGUGGUCCCUUUUCUUGUCAGGCCAAAGAAACCUGAAGACAGCAUUGCAACUUACAGCGAAAAGAGCAGAAAAAUUAUGUUUUUGAAGCUUGGUUUUUCCAUUGAAAGAGGUCCAAGUCUUAUACCUGGUGGCGGCACAGGAGUCUUUGUGAACAGAGGCCGAGUCCGUAAAGGCCAGGUAGUGGCACUGUAUCCUGGAACCAUCUACAGGUCGUUUGAACCAAUUCUGCUGGCUUCCAUAAACAAUCCGUUCAUUUUUCGGUGUCUGGAUGGCACUCACAUUGAUGGAAAAGACUGGGGACUGUCUAGACUGGUUUUUAAAUCCUGUGCUGGACGUGACAGAAUGGGCCCGAGAGAAGUGGCUGACAUUUCGUGGCUGACCAAGAACCCUAUUAACCCUUUAAAUGUGGGCCAGUAUGUCAACAAUCACACUAAAGAUUACCCCAGCAAUGUGGCUUAUCAAGAGGUAGAGCUGUCUGAGGGCUUAAGCCAUGAAACGCGGUCCAUGAUGCCCUACGUUAAUUACAGUGGAGGCAGAGGGUUGCCAAACAGGAUCGUCGCCCUGGUGGCUACAAGGAAUAUUGAGCAGGGAGAAGAAAUUCUAUCCUCCUACCUGACCCUUGUGGGAAAAUAGACCUUAUAAAUCAGUUCAGAUCCAUGAUUAAAUUUGUACAAUUUCUGAAAUA